CACUUUGUGAACAUUUCCACUUCCGCAUAUUUUCGACACUACAGGCUUCUGAUCUCACCAUCCGAGAUACUGCCUCUAACAUGUCGGCCCUCAAGAAGAGAAAGGUUCAACAUGAGCGCUCCAGCUUCAGCGAAGAGGCUCCCCGUCAGUCUAAGCCUUCGAAGAAGACUAUGGAUCGCAUCGACGAUACCAAGGAACCUGCUGAGAAUCUGGUAAAGAAGGCUGUGAAGAAGGCUGCUACCGAUGAUGUUAAGAAAGAGAAGAAAGAGAAGAGGGAGAAAGAGCGCAAAGCUGAAUCAGAAGAGCCCGUAGAAGAGGAAGCUGCACCUGCCGAAGAGGAGGAGGAGGACACAAAAGCGCCCAAGAGUUUCCGCGAACUGGGAAUCAUCGAUGCCUUGGCCGAGUCUUGCGAGGCAAUGAACUACACCAAGCCUACACCAAUUCAAGCCGAAUCUAUACCGCUCGCGCUUCAAGGAAGAGAUAUCAUCGGUCUGGCCGAGACUGGUUCGGGAAAGACCGCUGCAUUCGCGCUACCUAUUCUACAAGCACUCAUGGAAACGCCGUCAUCUUUGUUCGGUCUGGUCCUAGCGCCUACAAGAGAACUGGCCAGUCAGAUUAGUGAACAAUUCGAGGCCCUCGGUUCCUUGAUCGGUGUCAAAUGCGCAGUCAUUGUUGGAGGUAUGGACAUGGUCGCUCAAGCCAUCGCCCUCGGAAAGAAGCCUCAUAUCAUUGUCGCUACUCCUGGACGUCUGCUUGAUCAUCUGGAAAACACAAAGGGCUUUUCUCUCCGACCGCUGAAAUACCUGGUCAUGGAUGAAGCCGAUCGUCUGCUUGAUCUGGAUUUCGGUCCUAUCCUUGACAAGAUUCUCAAGGUCAUCCCCAAAGAAAGACGCACAUACCUGUUUUCCGCCACCAUGUCUUCGAAGGUUGAGUCUCUGCAAAGAGCUUCGCUGUCAAACCCUAUGAAAGUCAGCAUCUCCUCUUCCAGCUACCAGACUGUCAGCACCUUGUUGCAAUCCUACCUCUUCAUUCCCCACAAGUUCAAGGACAUCCACCUCAUCUAUGUUCUCAAUGAAUUUGCCGGCCAAAGUACUGUUCUGUUCACACGUACCGUCAACGAAACACAACGAUUGGCAUAUCUGUUGAGAGCCCUCGGCUUUAGCGCCAUUCCUCUGCACGGUCAGCUCUCACAGUCAGCACGUCUGGGCGCUUUGUCAAAGUUCAGAGGUGGAACCCGCGACAUUCUGGUAGCCACUGAUGUCGCUGCCCGUGGUCUGGAUAUCCCUUCGGUCGAUCUGGUCCUCAACUUCGAUCUUCCUCCGGACAGCAAGACCUACGUUCACAGAGUCGGACGUACUGCUCGUGCUGGAAAGGCCGGAAAGGCCGUCUCAUUUGUCACACAGUACGAUGUUGAGGUUUUCCAGAGGAUAGAGAAGGCUCUUGCUAAGAAGCUGCCGGAGCAUGAUGCUCCUAGGGAUCAGGUCAUGGUCUUUGCCGAGAAGGUAUCAGAGGCUCAACGUAUUGCUAUCAGAGAAAUGAAGGAUUUGCAUGAGAAGGCCAAGAAUGGGGGCAGAGGUGGACCUAGGGGAAAGGGGAAGAGAGAUGCCAUGGACAGAGAUGAGGGUUAAGCGCUGCAUAUGACGCUUUCAUCUUUCUGUUUGAUUUUCUCAUAUAUGAUAUCCUAAGUCAGCGUUUUCUAUACACAGAUCGCCCACCUCUUCUCAAUUGAUUCACAAUCCUUUACCAUACGG